CAGAUUUUCCAACAACUAUAUCUGCAACUGCAAUGAUCGGUUCAUCUCAGACUAAAGAAUCAUCUCCAACUAAAGAAUCUCUCAUUUCCAGGGUGGGUGGAGCUUUGCAUAAUGUGUCAGUGCAGAGAGCUGAAUGUACUGGACAGCAGCCUCCGUCCAGGUCUUGCCAUGAUUCUUAUAGAAAAAGACAUGCAGAUGAUCCCCCACAACGGAGUCACUGUAUGACAUCCGUUAGCAGUGGUAUGACUAUAUUGCCUAGAGAAGGAGACACCGCGGCUGCUGAUAGGGUUGAAGCAGCUCAGAUCUUUCUCCCUUCUCACCCAACAAUGGAGGAGUUGAAGAACAUUGUUGCUGCCACAAGAGGUGGAUUUGCAUUGACUGGAAGUGCUGCUGUUGGGCAGAUAGGACCAGCCAUUGGGCACAUGGAUAUUGGGGAGUGCGAGGACUCAUAUCUUUUUCGUGUAUCCCUUCCUGGGGUGAAAAGGGAUGAACGGGAAUUUAGCUGUGAAGUUGAAAACGAUGGGAAAGUAUCGAUAAGGGGUGUGACAACGACAGGGGAGAGAACUGUGUAUGCAGGCAACCAAGUGUUUGAAAUGCAAACACAGAACCUUUGUCCAUCAGGGCACUUCUCCAUUUCUUUUCAGCUGCCUGGUCCUGUUGAUCCUCAACAGUUCUCUGGUAAUUUUGGAAUUGAUGGGAUUCUUGAGGGAAUUGUGAUGAAGAGAGACAAACGAUGAUGAGUAGCUGAACUAACACAUUGUCAUAAACCUUGCUGCUCAAGCUUGAACCAGUAACUAUAAUGUUGGCUAGAAAUGCUAAUUUGCUGAGUUGUAGGAUGGCGAAUUUUCCAGUUUAUAGCAUCUUUCAGUUUUCUUGAGAAUAGAUGACCGAUGACUGAGCUUUAGAUAUUCCAUAACCUCCUGAAACUUUAUAAUGGUGCAAAGCCUACUGAGCAUGAUUUCUGGCUGGCAACCCAUAGAUCAGAGUUGGCAUACAUAGCUUGUAUGAUUGGUCUGUGUUUGGUUCCCCAACUUGGUUGUAUCUGGGUUUGGGCUCUGACCCUGCAGGUUCUUUAGAAAAUCGGUUUGUUUCACAGACAACCAUUAAGAUGAAUGCUAGGUG